ACUUAAAAUUAUAAUGGCAGGAGAAUUUACAGGAAUUUGUGGAACUUGUUGUGGGAUUAGUAGUUUCAUUUUAUUUUUAAUGAUCAUUUUAUCUUUUAGUUCAUUAGAUUACAAUGAAGUUGGAUUAGAUUAUAGUUCAAUAACGAAAACAAUAUCUCCAAAAAUAUAUUAAGCAGGAAUACAUUUUUUGGGUAUUGGACAUGAAUUUAUAACAUUUCCAAAGACAGUUUAAACAGUUGAAUUUUCUGAUGAUAAAAGUGCAGACAGAAAAAUGAUUCAUUCAAGAACAAGUGAUGGUUUAGAAGUUGUUUUAGAAAUAUCUUUUUAGUAUACGUAUAUGAAUAAAAUUAUAAAUAAUUAGUUACAAUUUAACAUAGCUUUAUCCACUUUAUGCCACAUAUUAAAUAAAGCAUAAACCAAUAUUGAUUAGAUAAUCUAUAGAUAUACUAUCUUAUGUUGCAACUUAAUAUUCUGCAUAUGACUUUUUUAUGGAUAGAUAAAAUAUAGGAAUAGCAAUGUAAGCAGCAUUAGAUGAGUUAUUUGAAAAAGAAUUAUAUUGCAACUGUGAAUUUUUUUAACUUCGUUCUGUAGAUUUACCAAAUGAUUUUGAAAAUGCAAUAUGGAGUUCUGAAGUUAAAAAAUAAGAGAUAGUAAAAGCAUAAGCUUAGAAGAAUAAAACUGAAGUGGAACUAGAAACAAAUAAGAUGACAGCAUUGUAUAAUAGAGAAGUAACCUUAAAUUAAGCUUAUGGUGAAGCUAAUUCCACUUUAUCAAAUGGAAAAGCUAAGGCUGAUGCUUUUUUAACAAUAUAAGAAGCUAAUUAAAAAGCGUAUAUAUUAAUUAUGAUUAUUUAUAGAAUGAAAUCUUUAAAAGAGCAUUUGAAAUUAGACGGGAAAGGUGUAAUUAGUUAUUUAUAAAAUAAAGCAUUAAGAGAUUAUGAAGGUGAUGAUUUAUUAAUUUUUAUUUGA